CAGCACAGCGAUGAAUAUCAAGAUCGGAAUCGUAUUUUUGCAGUUGUUAAUACCAAGUUAUGGAUAUUUUGAAUUAGCUUGUGACUCUGCAAAUCCUUCAGCACAGACAGAUUUGACGUGUGUUUGCCGACGAACAGUUGGAAGUGGCAUUAAAUGGUUUUUCAAUGGAAAUUCAAUAUCAGACUGUUUCCUUAACUCGGGCUGUUUGCCACAGCCUAUUGGUUAUACAAUUUCAAUAAACGUGUCAGAGUUUGCUUACGAGAUGACAAAAAGCGCUUACGAUUACAAUGACUGUACUCAGAUAAAUUGUACAGACGCUAGUAAUACAAGAGUACAGCUAAUGGUAGUCCCAGGUGCUAUCAACUUUGAUCCAUCAAAUCUUUCACCGAUUUCAGAGCCAACUAUAAGCCAUUCUAACGGUAACUUUUCGAUAUCAACAGGCUGUAUUUCCGGAUAUACUGACGUGACGUGCGAGUGGUAUACUGUUUACAAUGAAGUCCAAGAAAAGUAUACUAAUGGCCAAUUUGCUUUCAACGAGAACGACAGCUCUGGAUGUUCAAAUUGCAAUGAUGACGUAAAUGCAAGAAAAACAUGUGGGUUUUAUCACAUAGAGGCAUCUGGAAAUGAAACAAAAAAUGUUAACUUCAGAGUUGUAUUGACUCAUACACCGACCAAUUUAAAAUGGGAAGUAAAUUCAAGUCAUGUUUAUACAGUAAAGAUACAGUAAAACAGAGAUGCAAACAAGUAUCCCGCUUUACGAAAUCGAUCAAUCAGAAAACUAUUAAUUACAAUCGUAAAUAGAACGAUGAUUCCCGUUUUCCUUUUCUUUUCGUGAUUGAUUAUCUGUGAUUACAUGUAUGUCUAUCUAUCUUCGGCCUAAAAUGAAAACUGCGAGACAGCGUUUUAUAGAAUGGCCAAAGCACUUUAUAUAUAAAAUUUUCACCAGAAUAAGACCCUGUCAGUAACUAAAAUUUAAGACAGCGAUUCGCAAAGAAAAUUAUAUUAGUAGCGAAACUCGUAAAAUUGUUAUUCAUAUUAAAUCAUACAACUAAAUGUACAGUUUGAGUAUUCUUCACAUGGAACAUUUAUAAAGUUCUUUCUGUAUUGGUAAUAGGUUUUAUGCCCAA